AUGUCCUGCAUCCGCUUUUGGCAGUCGGGUUGCAGUAAGGCGCGGGUUCAGCGAAAGAUGCUGUUUCCUCCAUCCAGAGAACCGUCUUGCAUGCCUAGAACGUCUUCUGCUGAGCCAUAUAUGCCCAACACCCUCCCUCUCCAUCUCCCCGUCGGCUUCGGCGGCGGCAGCAACAGCGCUGGCUUCUUCCUCCUCAGGGUUGUCACCCUCCACGUCCACCUCCAUCUCCAUCUCCACCCUCUCGCCCCCGCCACCGCCGCCGGCAGCAGCGUCGGUGGCGGUGAUUGGGGUUUCUACCCCAUUCGCAUGCUCAGGGUCGUAACCCUCCACCCCCACCUCCUCGCCGCCAGGCCGCCAGCCGCGGCGGCCGCAGGCGCCGGCAGCAGCGCUGGGUUUGCAUGUGGCUUAGGCUUCGGCGUCAGGUUCGUCCUCGAUCUCGCUCUCGUAACGGACAGCAAGUCCAUCCUCGAUUUCGCUCUCGUAACAGACAGCAAGUCCAUCCUCGAUUUCGCUCUCGUAACAGACAGCAAGUCCAUCCUCGAUCUCGCUCUCGUAACGGACAGCAAGUUCAUCCUCGAUUUCGCUCUCGUAACGGACAUCAAGUCCGCUCGGGAAGCCAGGGUUGUCAAGCCUGGAAUCCGGAGUUGUCGAGGAAUUUCUGUUGUUCGGUGA